AUGCGCUACACAUCCGGUUUCGUCGCUGCCGCUCUGCUCGGUGCCGCGGUCGCUGCUCCCGUUGCUCAAUGGGGUGACUGGGAAUCCAGCUCUUCCGGUUCCGACGGCGCUUCUCCCAGCGCAACGUCUGGCAACCCAUUCUCAUUCCCUCUGUCCAACGGUUUCCCCAACCUGAACGCCGCUGAGUUGAACGCCACCGAGGAGCAGGCUCACGGCAUCGAGCCCAAUGGAGGAGCUCCAACCCUCAAGCCCGAUGACCUGACAAGCUUCAGACUCAUUGCCUUCAACGAGCUGUUCGAGGUCGCGUUCUUCACCGAUCUCCUCUUCAACCUGACUGAAAACGUCGCCGGAUUCACCAUCGCUGACUCGACCACCCGCCAAAUGGUCAUCAACGCCAUCACCGCCAUUCAAGCCCAAGAAGAGCUUCACGCCGACAACGCAAACAAGAUCCUGGCAGCCAAUGGCCAAGCACCCAUCCAGCCUUGCCAGUAUGUCUUCCCCAGCUCCACCCUUGACGAAGCUCUUGCCUUUGCCAAGACCUUCACCGAUGUUGUCAUGGGCACUCUUCAGGACGUUCAGUUCCAUCUGGCCACCAACGGCGACGACGGUCCAGUCCCCAUCAUCGGCUCCGUCAUUGGCCAAGAAGGUGAACAGACUGGUUUCUUCCGCUACUUUGGUGGCCUUGUGCCCUCGGAGCUUCCCUUCUUGACCCGCUCUAGCCGAGAGUUCGCCUUCUCGGUCCUCAACCAGGCGGUUGUGGUCAAAGGAUCCUGCCCCAACUCGAACCUCAUCGACCUACCAGUCUUCCUGCCUCUGACCAUCAACACCUCCCCCAUCGCCGCUGAGGACCAGACUCUGUCCUUCUCCGUCACUGUGGACAAGUCCUCUCCUCCUGCCGGUCUCUCCAUCGUUUACAUCAACAGCCAGAGCGUACCCAUAGUCGAGAACAUCACCAAUGCUGUUCUCAGCAAUGGUGUCGCCACCUUCGACGCCUUCUUCCCAUACUCUGAGUAUCUCCUCAACGGCCUCACCAUUGUUGCUCUCACCAACAGCACAGGUCCCUUUACCGACGCUGAAGACGUUGCCAAGGCCACUAUUGCUGGCCCUGGUCUGAUCGAGAUCAACUAGAUGGAGACAGAAGAGGACUCAAGACAGGCUUGCACGACAAUGGAUGACACAUUUGCACAUUUCAGGGCCGG